AUGGCUGUCACCAUCAACGUCACCGGUACCUCUACAAUCUACCACCACCCAGACCAAGCCGUGUUGUCCGUCCACAUCCAAUCCGACGGCCCCUCGCGCAACCUGGUGUCCAGUUAUGUAACCACCCGAUCAAACCUCCUCCAGCGUCAUCUGCGAGACUUCGCACCCCGCAAUUCCUCCGGACAAAUACCCAUGGAAGCGCCCGUGUCGAACAUCGCGAUCGGAUCCGAGCGCAGUUGGUCGACAGUCCCGCGCGACCGCAACGGUCACCCGCUGGACCGGGUCUACCACGCCUCUACGGACGUGGAAAUCACAUUCCGCAAUUUCACAAAGUUGGGAAAGAUCGCGAAGCGACUAAUCACGGAGGAGGAUGUCGAGGUCUCAAAAAUUGUCUGGCAGUUGACCAAGGAUACUAGAGAGGUGUUGGGGGUGGAAUCGCGGAAACAAGCAAUGAAAGAUGCGAUUCGUCGGGCGCAGGACUAUGCCACUGUCAUUGGGAAGGAAGUCGAGCCGAUGCUGAUCACGGACCGCGAGUCAAAAUCGACUAUUGGGACGGCCAAGUGCAUGGUUGUGAAUGCGAAGAUAGGGGUUGGGGAAGAAGAUUCGCUGGAUUUGGCGCCGCCGGAUAUCGAAUUCCACUGCUCGGUUGAGGUGCAGUUUCGAAGUGCUGCGAGUAGGAAAUGUGAUUGA